AUGCAGCAAGCCAAUGAAAACCAAGCCAGGAGAGAUAGGAGCUGCUUUGAGAGCCUGACCUUAUGGGACCUGAAGAACCCCAACCACAAUCCUCCUCUGUGGGUAGUUAAAGACAGAGAAGAAGAUGUAGAAUACCAGGAGAGAAGCGAGAGUGAGGAAGGAGAUGAGGAGGAGGAGGAAGAGUAUGUAUGUGUGAUAAUAGAAGGGUCAGAGGUGGAGGAAGAUGAGGAGGAAGAGGAGGAGGAGUACGAGGUUACAGGUGUAGGGGAGUAUGUUGAGGAAGAGGAGGAGGAGUACGAGGUUACAGGUGUAGGGGAGUAUGUGGAGGAGGAGGAGGAGGAGGAAGAGGAGUGUUUGUUAGAGGUUGUGGUGAAAGAGGAGGAAGUAGAGGAGGACGAAGAAGAAAGAGUGGAGACGUAUGAGAAGGAGAAGGGCCUGAAACUGAGUGUGAAUGGGCUGAGAGGGAGACAGACAGGAGAGGAGAAGUACGGUCAGCUCAGAGAGAUCCUAGGAGACCAGUAUGUCAGGGAGGUUACCUGUGCCCCUGAAGGAGAUAGAGUGGUCCUCCACCUCUAUCACCCGAGUCACCUGGCCACUAAAUUCCCUGAGUGUAAGUUCCUGAUGAUCCUGGCCGGGCAGUGUGUCCCCAACUACCCUGCCAGCCACCUCCCCACCCUGUUCAUCUACGACUCAGGAUGUAUCCUCAACUCACUGAUAGGAGAGAAGGCCUGUGGAGGGAGGAACGUAUUGGAAGAUGAGCUGAAGUGGAUGCUGGCCCAGUCGGGAGCGUUUGUGAUUGACAGCUACGAGGCCUUAUACCAGGAGGGCACGCCCAUCACGACGCCGCGUUCGGAACAGGAACAGGAAGACUACCGUGAUGACCAGUCUGAUCACGAUGACAACCAAGGCACCGAGGUGUAG